AUGAACCGUAAAAAAGUGAUUAAAACACGGGGGCAAGAUAGUCACCCUGUUUUUGGUUUGGGGCAGGAUUUUAAAUCGCAAGCUUGCCUCCCAACAUAUGAAGAAAUGAUGCAGUGUUUCUUUUUUGUUCAAAUCGAUUUAAAGGGAGACAGAAGCAAGCAGCCACCGGAUAGUGAAGUUGCUAAAAUUGUAGCAAAUAAAAUUCAACAUAUAUGGAAUUUAGCUUCGUUAUCAACUGUCACACAUAACCGAAUUGUAGCAAUGAUUACGUAUUAUCACAAAAAAUACAGAAAUUUGAUCAAACCUUUAAAACAAAGAAAUACUCCUUUUCUUCAAUCGAAAAUCGAUAAUUUCAAAACACAAUCAAAGAGAUUAUUUGACAUAUGUUUGUCUAUUCGAGAGGGCUACUGUCCUGACAACUUAUCCAAAAAAGAUCCUGGUAAAAUGGGUCAUGCAAGAUGGCUAACAACAGCAAACAGGCUACUGCGAUUAUAUAUUUCUACGGAGUUGCUCUCAGAAAACCUUAUUUUACUUGCAAAUUUUGUUAUGAAAGUGUAUGCUCCAGUCUGGUUUUCAAUCAAGACACAACCCAGUAUUCAAUAUGGUUCCGUACAUUUGUAUGAAAUGAUUCAUAAAUCUAGAGAGUUCCCUGAUAAAAUUAAAACUAUUAUUAAUCGAGUGAUUUCCACAAAUGCUUACUUCGCCCACCCAGAGAAUAUUCUCUUAGCAAUGAUAACAGAUGAAAGGGUGCAUAUAAGAGAACUAGGAAUAAGACGUAUCUUAAAAGCGAGGCAAUCUCCAACAAGACUGAGUUCCAAAAAUAAAUUUCGAAGCUCAAGAUUAUACCGAGAUCAUACACUGGAGUGA